CGCUGCGGGGCUUUCGGAGCGGCGUAGGUCGCGCGGUGCCAUGGAGCCUCAGCCGCCGGCCGAGCAGGUGCUCCGGCAGCUCGGCCAGCUCCUCUCCCAGCGGCCCGGUGUGAUCACGGAGCUGGGGGCGUUGCUGGAGGCCGCGGAGCCGCGGUGGCUGUUCGGGGCCGGGAGCCCCGCUGCGCUGGGCGAAUUGGCGGCCGCGCUGAGCGCCUUCGCGGCCCUCCCGGAGCGCGAGCAGGACGCGGUUGAGCUCCGCGACGGGGACGGCGCCUACGCGGCCGCAGCUGAGAGAGCAGCCGAUGUCGGCGGUGUGUUCCUGCGGCUCCUCGCUAAGCUAGAGACUGCCAAGGCCGACGAGUCGCUGGGGCGCGCGGUGGAGCCGGUCCUGCGGCGUGUGAUGGGGCACAUCUACGUGCUGGCUGUGACGCACAUCGAGGAGGCCGCCUGGACCGGCGUCAGGUCGCGCGCUGUGGCCACGGAGCUGCUGGGGGCUCUGGUACGGGCCGCGGGCUGCGGGACGGUGGCGGAGCUCCUUCGGGGGAGGAAGGAAGAGGAGGAAGGAGGAUUCGCGGCGGUGAUGAGGCUGCUGAGGCCGCGGCUGGGCAAAGACACCUGGAAGCGUAACCCAGCCACCAAGCACGUCUUCUCCUGGACACUGCUGCACAUCACCCGGCCAUGGCUCAGCCAGCACCUGGAGCAUGUCCUCCCCGCAUCGCUGCUCAUCUCGGAUGACUUUCGGGAGGAGAACAAAGUCCUGGGUGUGCACUGUCUGCACCACAUCGUUCUCAAUGUGCCAGGUGCUGAUCUAUGCCAGUUCAACAGGGCUCAGGUUGUGUACCAUGCCCUUUACAAUCACCUCUACUCACGAGAAGCUCCUCUCAUCCAGGCAGUACUGCUGUGCCUGCUGGACUUGCUGCCUGUCCUGGAAAGAACGCAGCGGCAGCGGCAGCAGCCCAGGCCAACCUCACCCUGUGAUGAGGUGUUGCAGCUGGUUCUGACCCACAUGGAGCCAGAGCAUCGGCUCGCACUGCGGCGGGUCUAUGCCAAAAUCCUGCCUGCCUUUGUGCAGAGACUUGGCAUCCUGAUAGCACGGCACCUGAAGAGGCUAGAGAGGGUUAUCCUGGGUUACCUGGAAGUCUCUGAUGGCCCUGAGGAAGAAGCCAGACUGGGAAUACUGGAGACACUGCAGUGCACCAUAGAGCAUGCUUGGCCCAGAAUGCCAUGCAGGCUCCCUGUGCUGCUUAAAGCCCUGCUGAAGAUGAUGUGGGAUGUCCACACUGACCAGGGCUCAACACCAGAGCCAGUGAGAGCUGCCUUGCUCCAGAGAGCCACCGAGUGCCUCAUCCUGCUGGAUCGGUGCUCUGAAGGACAAGUGAAGAUUCUGCUGGAAGGCGUGUACAGCUGUUGUGAGGAGAACCGUGUGCGGGAAUGCAUCAGGAGAGUGCAAGAGAACACGUGAGGCAAGACAAGGUUCAUUCUGCUUUUUGUACAGUAAAAUACCUUCUUUUAUUUAA